CGUAGUUGUAGGCAACAUGGCGUCCGACGGCGACAGCGACGAGGAUUUUGUAACUUAUGGCGCCGCUUUAGAGCCGCUGGAAGAAGAUGAGCCGUUGAGGAAGCCCUUGCCGGUACACGAGCAGACGGUGAAGGAUGAGAAGGGCCGCUAUCAGAGGUUCCAUGGCGCCUUCACCGGAGGCUUCUCCGCUGGAUAUUUCAACACUGUGGGCUCAAAGGAAGGAUGGACCCCAUCAACCUUUGUGUCGUCGCGGCAACAGAAAGCUGAGAAACAAGAUGCGAGGCCUGAGGAUUUCAUGGAUGAAGAGGACUUGGGCGAGCAUGGCAUCGCUCCCAAAGAGAUCACCACCAGCGAGGAGUUUUUCUCCAGCCGCAGGGAUCGCAUCCGGGACAAGGCCCGAGCCAUUUCCUCCCUGUCCGCACCCAUUCCUGGAGACUCGCUGCUGGAGGAGCUGAUCGCACCGGCGAGGUCAUCCAUAGGGGUGGAGCUUCUGAGGAAGAUGGGAUGGAAGGAUGGCCAGGGGGUGGGGCCUCGGGUCAAGAGGAAAUCGAGCAGGCAGAACGCAGAAUGCGGACGCAGGGUUUACGGCUGCGCUUCGGCCCCUGUUGGCUCGGAGGAGUCGGAGCAGGAGGAUGAUGAGGAGUUCGCGCCAGAAAACGUGACCUUUGCCCCGAAGGACAUCACGCCCAUUGAUUUCAACCCCAAAGUUGAUGUCCAUGGCCUAGGUUACCGUGGGCUGGACCCGGCCCAGGCCCUGCUGGGGGGAGGUUCUGGACAGGGACAUGUGAACCUUUUCAGUGUGGACUCUGACAGAACCAGCAGACUGUUUGGAGACAAGAAUCCCAUACAAAGACGCAGGGGGGGUGUGGCCGGACAGGCCUUUGGAGUUGGGGCCUUGGAGGAUGAUGAUGAAGAUGUUUACCACAGAGACAACAUGUCCAACUAUGAUACAGUGCUGGGAGAGGAGUCGGGCGAUGGGCUGUAUGGAUGGACUGCUCCACAACAGUACAGGAAGAACAAAGGCCAAAGCAGAGACGCCUCUUACCUGGGAAAAAUUCUGCAGGGCUUCAGGUUGGCAUCUAAACCUGCUGAAGAAAAAACAGUAUUCCCUGCUCCUGUUCUGCCCAGAGACUAUCGUCCGGUACAUUACUUCCGGCCAGUAGUGGAUAUCUCAAAUGUCAGUCCACUGGUGGCCCAGGCCCUACAGGCAUCCCGGGGCCAGCUUCCCCAGGCCGGGGCCCCACAGGUCGGGCGCCACCAGCUGGACUCUGCUCAGAGGAGAUCACUUCUUGGGGAAACAGCUCUUCAAGGGCCCAGCUCCAUCAUGGAACUGCUAAGUUCAGAGGAUAGGGAGAGACUCACCAACCUCCGCCAGUCCUCCAACGACCGUCCAUCCAAUACCCUUCCCUCCACCACCGCUCAAAACUCCCAUGGUGCCCCGGUUUCUGGCAGGGUGACAGCAGCCCAGACACAUGCCUCUGCUCUGAUGGCGUGGAGUGACCCCAGGGCCCUUGGCCCACAGGGCUCCCAGUCCUUCAGGCCAUUUGAGAAUAACCCCAGCAAGCAGGCACGCUAUGACCAGUACCUCAGCAAACUGAAAAUGGGAGACAAAGACGCACUGGAGACGAGUCUGGACCGCAACAUGACGGAGUGGGAGAGGAGCCGAGAGAGGGAUGAGUUCAGCCGUGCAGCACUCCUCUACAAGCCAAGUGCCUCCUCACUCUCCUCUCGUUUCACCCGAGCCAAGCACGAGGAGGACAGUGACACCGUGGAGGUCAGCCGUGACGAGGAGGGUGACGUGGACGAUAAACAGGCUGCAGUGAAAAUGAAGAUGUUUGGAAAACUCACGAGGGAAACGUAUGAGUGGCACCCGGACAAACUGCUCUGCAAGAGAUUCAACAUCCCUGACCCGUACCCUGGGUCAGGGGUCAUAGGAAUGCCCAAGGUGAAGAGAGACAAAUUUUCCGUAUUCAACUUCCUGAAUGUGGCAGAGAGUCCCACAACCAGCUCCUUUCAACAGACCACAGCGCCUCCGAAGACUUCAGAACCCGGCAGAAAGUCCAGAUGGGAUGCUCGGGGCCAGGAAGAGGAUAAGAAGACGGACCCGCUCAGUGAGUUCCUGAGUGUGGCUCGGAACCAGGCGUCUGGAACGAAAGCAUCCCUGCAGACAACCAAGACUUCCUCAACCACCUCACCCAGCUCUCCUGACAGGACCAUCCCGGCCCCGCCACAACAGACCCAGACAGAGGAGCCCACGCUUGACUCCAAGGAUGAAGACGAAGAGGACACCAGGCCUCCUAUGGAUCUCUUCAAGGCCAUUUUCGCCAGUUCCUCCGACGAGAAGUCCUCCUCUUCAUCAGAGGGAGGAAGUGAAGAUGAGGAGGAUGAGAAGGAGGAAGAUCAAGUUCAGGACAAGAUAGGUUCACAGCUGCCAAGCCUGUUUACCAGCAUGCCUACAGUGACCUCUACCUCCUCCAGCCAGCAAACUGUGACGGUCCCUCCUGUGGUACAGCCAGCCUCUGCCGUGGCUCCACCCCCUCAGAACACAGCACAGGAAGAGGAGGAGUUUGGCCCCAAGCUGCCGCCCCCUUCGUCUUUUCUGACUGGUGGAGUCCCGUUCUCCAGAAGCCCCCCCGCUAAGGAGGAGAAGCACAAGAGGAACAAGGACAAGCACAAAGCCAAGAAACAGCACAAACACAAGGAGAAAAAGAAGAAGAAGCACAAGAAGCACAAACACAAAGGCAAGCAGCAGAAGAAGAAGAAGAAGGAGGAGGCGUCGGACAGCAGCUCGGAGGAGAGCGGCGCAGACAAAGAUGACGGGUCAGGGCAGGUGUCCGCAAAGGAGCUCUUGAGCAGGUUAAAAACCCUGGGUUCCAAGCAGCUGUGGUGACGGAGCUGCUGUGUUUCCUCUGUGAGGAGAACCUGACAGACCGGCCCAUCACCCGUCUCCCGUUUUAAACUGAAUCAGUUGUGUUCCUUUUGAAAAAUAAAACGUGUGUCUGGUCGACGU